GGAGGCGAGCUGGGGCGGGGAGCGGGCGCGGCGGAGGCAGCCAGCGGGAUCGGGCGCGGGGGAUGAGGCUGCGGCCGGGCACGACGGCUGCUCUGGCUGCUCUGGCUGCCCUGUGAGGAGGCCGCGGUGCCCGCCCUCUCUGCUCACGCUCGCGGUCUCCCGGCCUCGCCUUCCUCCUCCCUUCCUCCAUCCCUGCUUCCCUCCCUCGCCCGCCCGCCCGGCCGCGCCUUUCACUCGCCCGCCCGCCUGCACCGGGGGAGCUGCGCCGCCGCCGCCGCCGCCGCCGCCGCCGCCGCCCACGCUCCGCGUCCCCUCCCUCCCCAUCCCCCCGGCACCAUGAUGGAGGAGAUCGACCGGUUCCAGGUGCCCACCGCGCACUCGGAGAUGCAGCCGCUGGAUCCAGCAGCUGCAUCCAUCUCAGACGGAGACUGUGAUGCCAGGGAAGGAGAGACUGUAGCCAUGAAUUACAAACCAUCCCCACUCCAAGUGAAAUUGGAGAAACAGCGAGAACUCGCUCGGAAGGGUUCCUUGAAAAAUGGCAAUAUGGGCAGUCCGGUCAACCAGCAGCCCAAGAAGAACAACGUGAUGGCACGAACAAGGCUGGUUGUCCCCAACAAAGGAUAUUCUUCACUUGACCAGAGUCCAGAUGAGAAGCCAUUGGUGGCCCUUGACACAGACAGCGAUGAUGACUUUGACAUGUCCAGAUAUUCCUCCUCGGGCUACUCCUCAGCAGAGAUCAACCAAGACUUGAACAUCCAGCUGUUGAAGGAUGGUUACCGGUUAGAUGAGAUCCCCGAUGACGAGGACCUCGACCUCAUCCCCCCUAAAUCUGUGAACCCCACCUGCAUGUGCUGCCAGGCCACUUCUUCUACUGCCUGCCACAUCCAGUAACGGCCAGCAUGGGCCAGGGCAGGGGCAGAGGGGGGAGGAGGCACAUCUGGCGCCCAUUCCCACCCUGAUUCCCAUUCUGGGCCCUGGUCCUGACCUUAGCUACUGGCCAACUUCUUAACAGCCAUUGCUUCCUCCUAUGGUAGGACGUGUACCUCUGUGUUCAUAAAGCCGGGAGAAACCAAAAUGAGAUUUCACUGGGGGGUGGGGGGAGGGUGGUAGGGGCUCUUUGUUCAUUGAUUUGUUUAAAAAAGGGGACUCAGCCAGCUUCCCCUUCUCCCCAAAACCACCACCACCUCCAUUGGCUUCCCGGCCGUGACUGUCUACAGCAGACAGACCGGCCCAAAGUCUGGGGAGAGCGGGAGGGGGAGAUGGGAGAUGGGAGGAGGAGAGACCAGGGGUUAGUGAGGGCUGAGAGGAUUCAGACAAGGGAAGCAGCCUGGCCUCUGGCCUCUGCAGGCCUAGGGUGAGUCAGGCUGUGUUUCAUUCAGAAGAGGGCUCUCCCAGGUUGUCCUCAGGCCAAGCCGUGACCCAGUCUGAUUUCCUUAGGAUGCUCAGGCUCCAAGUCUUCCCCCAUGAUGAUCUGCUAAAGAAAUAUAACACCUGGUAGCCGAAGGACACCCCAAAGACUCCUCCUGAAAUGGCUCAAGAAGGCCGGCUCCAAGGCCACUCAGCCUAGCCUGGCCUGACUUGCCCUGGCUCAGCCUCAUGAUGUGAACUAUGGGAACUCAUUCUCUUUCCUGGUCCUGGCUUGUCCUACUCCUGCCUUCUGACCUACAUACUGAUUUUUAGAUUUUGUUAAUGUUUAGUCUCCAUCCCCCUCCCCUCCUGUUCCAUCCAACUCGGGCACAGUUUCUUGGCUUCAUUUCCCAUCAUUUUCCCAGGGGAUAGGAGGGUGGAGGGGAGCCCUCCCAUCUCUACCACCAGGAGAGCAACUUCCUCUCUUGCUGCCAUCCUCUGUCUCUCUUCUUCUUCUCUCUGUAACCUUCUGUCUGUGUUUUUUCCUCUCCCUCUCUCUGUUUAGAAGGGAAAAGGGAUCAGCAGUGUGCAUGGGGUCAGGACCAAGGUGGGAAGGAGGAUGAACUCCUGUCUGCCUGGUUCUGUUGCUGCCCUUGUGGGUUUUUAGGGAUGGUGGUGAAUGGAGGGAACUACCUCUGGCCCAGCCUCAUCCCACUCCUCCCCAUCUCUCUGCCUGCCACUAAACCUUUGUGGGGAGCUGGAAGCAGGAGAGGAGGGAAGGCAGUUGCCCUUGUCAGUCCCCUCCCCUGCUCUGUGGUUAGCUAGAGCUGAGCCUCCCCAAGCCUCCCUGCCUCCUUUGCCCUAAGGUUCUUCCUUUCUCAGCAGGCUAGAAUGUCCUUUGGGUCUGCAGUCCAGGGACUGCCUCUGAACCGGCUCUCCCCUUCCCACAAAACUAGCUUCCUUCCCACCGUCACUCAUGAAUGGGCUGAACUCGCCACUUGGGUAGUCACCACCUUUGUUCACAUCCUAUCCUUCAUGAAGCUCAGCGGAGGCUGCAUAGAAUAGGCAUCUUCAGGGAAGUGUGAGUGUGUGUGAGUGUGUGUGUGUGUGUGUGUGGUUACGUGUGUACAUGUGGGUGUAUGUCUUCUGUCGGCAUAUGUCUUUGGGCAAGCAGUAGUAUAUCUCUGUGUGUAUCUGUUUCUGCCUGUGUGUAUGUGUGUGUGAGAGAGAUAUCUGUAUAAGUAUGUGUAGGGUAUGUCCGUGCACGUCUGUGCUACUGCUAGUAUUGCUGUUUGGGUUAGAAGGGUCACAGUGGGAGUAGGGCCCCUGACAGCGCUAUAAAAGAGCAAAAAAAAAGCCACCCUGUGCCCCUCUUCCUGAGGGUCCUGGAUCCUGAGUUUGCCUCCCCUUAGCAGGGAAAGAGAGACAUGAUCCCAAGUGCCAAGGAAUGCUCUUAGCUCCAGGAUAGGCAGUGCCCUCAAAGGGCCGUGUGAGUACAAGGGAGAACCGUUUGCUGGUAUACCCACCAGCGCCUGCCUGGCUCUCUGGGGCUCUGUUUGCUAAAAGCAAAAACUCACCUUGGGAAGGAGGAAGGUCCAGAGGAUCCUUGCCCUUUAGGGCUGGAAGGUGGAAGAGGCCUAUUAGGUGGAAGGAGCAGGAUCAAAGGGGACCAGACCAGGCCAAGCUUUGGGGUCCUCUGCCUCACCUGGGACAGGCCAGCUCUGGAAAAGUCGAAUUGAUUUGUGAAACAGUAAAGGGCAUCAGGACCCUCCCCGGGCCUAAACCCAGCAAGGCCAUUCCCUCCCUGCCUACCCUCUAGCCUAUCUUUGUGUGCCCGACCUCAGCCUCUCAACCUCUUGUGUGGGACUGGGGCUUGGGGUACAGAUUAUAGACUAGCCCAAGAUUUCUCAAGCCUAGUUACCCAAGGGAAGAGGAUCUCCCCACCUUGAGGGGGUAGAGGGGGAAGGAGUGCCCUCCCCCUCCAUCCUUCAUGUGAUACCACAUACAGUUAUAUUCACUCAUUUGUAAACCAUCACCCCCCCUUACACAUUUACAUACGUACAUAUAUAUGUGUAUAUGUGUGUAUGUAUAUCUCUCUAUAUAUAUGAAUAGCUCCACCCACACUAAGCGUCCAUUUAAUGUUCCCAGAGAGGUCAGGUGUGGCUUUGAGAGGGUAGAGAGGUUCCUACCCUACCCACUACUAUUUGUCGGCCCCUCAGAAGCACCCACCUAACCCUUAGGGUGAAGGAGCUAAGUGGACAGCCAUGUAUAAGUUGUAGCUCCUGUCCCGCUCUGGGGACUACCCCAAUCUAGUGUAAGACAGUGGUGACAUCCCUGAGGGUAGGGUUGUCCAGAAGAGUGUGCCCAUGGGAAUUGUGGGACCCAACCAUAAGCAGGUAUACAAAUCAUUUGGACAGAAAUAGACUGGCCAUGAAGACUCCCAUACAAGGGUAUGACUGGUUUAUUCCUAUACCCCAUUCAUGUGCAAGAAGUCUUCUGACCCCCAGAAUCAGUGGUCUUUCCUUCCCAACCCUAAAGUCCUGUACUGCCCUGUUUCACCUCCCCUCUUCCUCUAGACCCCUUUUCUACAGUCAGGCCCCGUGAGCCCACCUGUCUUCUUGCUUCUCCCAUCUCAGGUGGACCCUUUAACUUCACUUCUGCCUAGAGACUGAACCAUCACCAAAAUCAGUAUGGCUUAGUCCCUUAGAAUGGAAAUUGGGAUGCCUGUGUACUGAUGUGGAGUUGACUGGAUGCGCUUUGUGCUUGCUCUCCCUGGGUCCCUGUAGGAUAAGGAAAAGGAAUUGAGGAAAAGAGAAAGUUCUUUGUGGAGGUGGUAGUGGUACCUUAUCUCACUGCUGGGAGCCAAGGUAUUCUCCCCUCUGUUUCUGGCCCCUGGGCUGGGAGAGAGAGGGAGGAGGGUGGGAGGCAAGAGCCCCCCCCAGACCACUUCAUGGCAUUUGGAAGAAUCAAGCUUUCUGUAUAACUCUCCCUCUCCCAUGAUAUGACCCCUUCCUGCAACCACAGCCCCCUUCCUCCCAGCUCUCCUCCUCCUCCUCCCCUCCCUCCCUUCCCUCUGACCCUGUCCAUGUAGGUACUUGCCUUAACCUCACUGGUCCCCAGCCCUGCCCCUGGCCCUCGACCCAGUCCUCAUGACUGUGGGUUCUCUUCCUUUGGAGUGUCAGUUACUCUGCAUUAAUUUAUUUAAAAGGUGUGUUUUUUGGAGACAUGAGACAUGUAUAAUAUUUUUUUAACAUUUCCAUCGCAGUAUUUAUCAUCGUUCCUGGUUGUGUGUCGUGUAACACAAUUAAUGAUAUUAAAAAGCAUAAU